GAGUGCAUAUUCCGAGCUCCCGAUUGGAAAACCUCCCCGCCACUCAGCCAUACUCAAGGGCCGAUCGCCUCACUCUUUUCCGAGCCUUAAAAGGUCUAAGGCCGCUUUCCCGGAGUAGCAGCAGCGUUUGACGUCAUCGUGCGUGUGGUGCCCCUGCUGCCGGGGCUGGUGAUUGGAGGAAACCCCGUGUCUGCGGAGCGGCUGUAGCCUGUGAGCAGCGAGAUCCAGGGACAGAGUCUCAGCCUCGCCGCCGCCGCCGCCCAGAGACUGCUGAUCCCCCGUCCGUCCGUCCGUCCGCCGCCACCCACUCCGGACACAGAGCAUCCAGUCAUGGAUAAAAAUGAGCUGGUUCAGAAGGCCAAACUGGCCGAGCAGGCUGAGCGAUAUGAUGACAUGGCAGCCUGCAUGAAGUCUGUAACUGAGCAAGGAGCUGAAUUAUCCAACGAGGAGAGGAAUCUUCUCUCAGUUGCUUAUAAGAAUGUUGUAGGAGCCCGUAGGUCAUCUUGGAGGGUCGUCUCAAGUAUUGAGCAAAAGACGGAAGGUGCCGAGAAAAAACAGCAGAUGGCUCGAGAAUACAGAGAGAAAAUUGAGACCGAGCUAAGAGAUAUCUGCAAUGAUGUACUGUCCCUUUUGGAAAAGUUCUUGAUUCCCAAUGCUUCACAAGCAGAGAGCAAAGUCUUCUAUUUGAAAAUGAAAGGAGAUUACUACCGUUACUUGGCUGAGGUUGCUGCUGGUGAUGAUAAGAAAUUUGAUGAAGCCAUUGCUGAACUUGAUACAUUAAGUGAAGAGUCAUACAAAGACAGCACGCUAAUAAUGCAAUUGCUGAGAGACAACUUGACAUUGUGGACAUCGGAUACCCAGGGAGAUGAAGCUGAAGCGGGAGAAGGAGGGGAAAAUUAACCGGCCUUCCAACUUUUGUCUGCCUCAUUCUAAAA